UUAGUGGACGGAGCGGACUAUAAAGUCUGGACCGCUCUGAGUUUUACCCCCCCUCCCUCCAGAAAAAUUAACAUACGGGAAUUUGUUGUUGGUUGUUGUGAUUUAUGGAAGCGUCCGGCUUUAUCGGCUUUUGAAUUCGCUGUUUUAUUUCAGAGACAAGCGUGUGGUGGUGGGCUGUGAGAGGUCGGUGAAAAGUCGACCGCUGUCACUCUUGAUUCAUGGACUCAACACGGACUUUAGCUAAAAGCAUUUCUGUCAGGAGGCUAAUACAAGGUUGACUUCAUUCAUUCAGUAUCCAGAUUAAAGGAACAUGAAGUUGUCUUUGGACAGUAUGCGUGUCCUGAAGAUUGUGCUGCUCAUCUUUGAGGCUGUUUUACUGACAGACUGCGCAAGAGGACCUCCACGGGUGUCCGAGAAGGUUGCUCACAGACAGACAGCCCGGCUUGGGAGUGCCAUCAAGCUGCCGUGUCCGGUGGAAGGAGACCCUCCACCACUAAUUAUGUGGACCAAAGAUUCACGCAACAUCCACAGCGGCUGGAUCCGUUUCCGUAUCCUCCGUAUGGGCCUGAAGAUCAAGGAGGUGGAGGCAGAAGACGCUGGCACCUACAUCUGCAAAGCCACCAACGGCUUUGGUAGCGUUAACAUCAACUACACCCUCAUCGUCAUCGAUGACUCAGGUUCUGAUAAAACUGGACCGGGAGCAGCUGAUGAAGCAGAGACUGAGCUUGGCACAGAUGUUGUGUCAGACAAAUUUGUGCGUCCCCGCUUCACUCAGCCCGCUAAGAUGAGGAAGAGGGUGAUAGCCCGUCCCGUUGGCAGCUCCGUGCGGCUCAAAUGCACGGCCAGUGGAAACCCUCGGCCGGACAUCGUGUGGAUGAAGGACGACAGGCCGCUGACGGAGCAGGAGGUCGGCGAGGGCCGUCAGAAGAAGUGGACUCUGAGCCUGAGGAACCUGACGCCGGAGCACAGCGGCAGAUACACCUGCAGGGUCUCCAAUCGGGCAGGGGAAAUCAACGCCACGUAUAAAGUUGAGGUCAUACAGAGGACAAACUCCAAGCCUAUUUUGACGGGCACUCACCCCGUCAACACGACGGUGGACUACGGAGGCACCACGUCGUUCCAGUGCAAAGUGAGGAGUGACGUUAAGCCGGUCAUUCAGUGGCUCAAACGCGUGGAGUCUAACGAGGAGAGCCGCUACAACUCCACCAUCGAGGUGGGGGACCACCGAUUCGUGGUGCUGCCCACGGGAGAGGUGUGGUCCAGGCCCGACGGCUCCUACCUCAACAAGCUGCUCAUUACCCGCGCCAAAGAGGACGACGCUGGCAUGUACAUCUGCUUAGGCGCCAACACCAUGGGCUACAGCUUCCGCAGCGCCUUCCUCACUGUGCUGCCAGACACGAAGCCUCCCAUCACGGUCGUAUUCUCGCCAACUUCCAGCUCCCUCCCCUGGCCCGUCAUCAUUGGCAUACCUGCUGGAAUAGUGUUCAUCUUUGGCACGGUGCUGCUGUGGUUCUGCCAGAGCAGAAAACACUGUCCUCCUCCCAGCGCUCCAGCUGCGGCUGCACAGGUACUGCAGAGCUCCCACCGGCUGCCGUAUCGAGAACGGGACAGGGGCUGCACGGCCCCGUCCUCCAGCUCCUCCAGCCCAGAGAAAGACUACAUUAGCUCCAUGAACUACGAGGAGUACCUGGCACAGCAGCAGCUCCUCCUCAGCCAGGGAGGACCAACACUCCCCCCUAAAAUCUACCCCAAAAUCUACACGGACAUUCACACGCACACUCACUCCCACGUGGACGGGAAAGUACAUCAGCACCAACACAUUCAUUUUCAGUGUUAGCCUUAGUGCCAAAUACUCCCCACUAACUGCUCCAGUAUCUCAGAGGGAGAGUGAGCUGUGGACUGAGCAGCAGCUCCUGAGUGUCGUUCAUCUGGCAUAAUCAGAAUCAAAAACAGCCUCUUCUCAUAGCUGGACAUUGUUGGGAGAGUGUACAUGUGUGAAAAACAGUGGCCAGUGACACACACCUUGUGUUUUUACGUCCAAAAUAUCCAUAUUUGGUGCUUUUUUUUUUACGUUCAGAUUCUCACACCACUAAAAUCCAUUAAUCCUUGUUGUGCACUUAAUACAAAAAAGGACAAGGAAAUCUGCAGCGUGUGAGUUGAAUUGCAGCUUUUCAAGCCAGCUGAAAGGUCUUCCUCAGCAGCUGAAUUUUGCAUUUUCCUACUUGAGGUGUGGCUGAAAAUGGAGGUUAGGUUUUACCUUUCACAUAAUCAGCUGUUGGAGCUCAGAGGCUGGGUAUGUUCUGCCUGGUAAUGAAGAUUCAAAUGGUACUCGAGAUUUACAAAAGGACUGGUUUUAUGGUCCUACUCAGGUAGUCCUUUUGUUUUGUUAAAGAUGCAUAGUGUUUGGAAUGGUGACCACUAUCCUUUUUAUUACCUUUCUCCAUCCCUCACUUCUGUUCUAUGUUAAAAAGUGAGAGUAGGCUGGUAAGUUUCUUUUUAUAGCCUGUUCAUGGCAUACAAAAACCUUGCCUAAGACUGCAAGGGAUGGAAGAAUUAUGUUUCCACGUUAAAUGAAUUGGUCGCCAUUAUCAUUUUAACUUUUUUUUUUAGCUAGGCUCCCAUCACUAGUCAAUAGUGUGUUGAGAUAAACCAGCAGAGGACGAGUCUUCAUGACCUUUUUCACCUUAUCCACCCACAGUAUAUGAAGCUGUAGUCAUUUAUAAUCAAAUUGAGUCAUGAAUAUUUAAUUUAUUUUGCUAAAAAAAAAUGUAUCAGAAGUUUAUUUUUCAGAGUAAGGCGUUUUACAUAUCUAUGUAAUGUUAUUAAAGUAUACUGUUGUUUUCUAUAGUACAUUUUGAGUACUUUGUCACCCAGUUUAAUCACAUUUAGUUCAUGCCAAUAUUUUAGGUAUUUCUGUGUGUAAUUGGUUAUAUUUGACAAUCUUGUAUGAUGUACUCUGUUCAAGGCUCAGAAGCUAAGUCAUCUAAAAGUUUGAUGGUUUGGUAGUUUGAUUAAAUGACCUGAAACAAAUUA